AUGGAUGUUGAAAUGUCCAGAACAAAUGAAAAAGUUCACUCCCUCGCCCUUUCCGACACAAGGAAAAGGCCUUUCGCGGAGGGACCCUUGCGGAAGCUGUCAGUGGACUUGAUCAACACUUACAAGCGCAUCAACGAAAAGUACUACGCGCGCAAGAGAAAGUCCAAGCAAGAUACUCAACCUGGUACUAGUGGCGUUGGAUUUACCAAUCCACCGAGUAAACGGGUGACUAUUCGAGGCCAGCAACUGAAUGAAGGAUACGAUGAUGAGCGCCACGAUCUCAUUAUACGCGAGAAAGAGAAGUGGGAAAAUAGGUAUGAAAUCGAAUGCGUGCUGGGGAAAGGAAGCUUCGGGCAGGUCGUCAAGGCUAUUGACUUGGAAACAAACGAAGACGUAGCAAUCAAAGUUAUAAAAAACAAGCCUGCGUUUUUCAAGCAAGCGAAAGUUGAAAUUCGUCUUUUGGAGCUUUUGAAUAAGAAGCAAGCAGAAGAACCGGAUACGAAAUUUCACAUUGUGAAGCUGAAGAGACAUUUCAUGUUCCGAAGCCAUCUCUGUCUCGUUUUCGAGCGGCUCUCUUACAACCUUUACGAACUGUUACGCCAGACCCGAUUCCAUGGUGUUUCUCUUAACCUGACGCGUAAAUUUGCUCAACAACUUUGCACAUCCCUUCUGCAGCUUUAUCGAGAAGAUAUCCAGAUUAUUCACUGCGAUUUGAAACCUGAAAAUAUCCUUUUGGUGAAUCCAAAACGCUCUGAGAUCAAAAUCAUCGACUUUGGAAGCUCAUGUCAAGUCGGAGAAAAAAUCUACAGCUAUAUCCAAUCGAGGUUUUACAGAAGUCCUGAAGUGCUUCUUGGGCUUCCGUAUGAUAUGAAAAUCGACAUGUGGAGUCUUGGUUGUAUUUUGGUUGAGAUGCACUGUGGUGAGCCGAUUUUCUCCGGUCAAAACGAAGAAGAUCAAAUGAUGAAGAUCGUCGAAGUUCUUGGAAUUCCGCCGAAUAGCAUGAUUGAAAGAUCUCCGAGAGCAAGAGAAAAGUACUUCGAGCAGAAGAAUGGGCACUGGGUUACGAAACGCUUCCCGAACAAGUCUUAUGUUGCUCCUGGUCAUAGACGUCUCGAGGACAUUCUUGGCGUAGAAACUGGCGGGCCCGGCGGUCGACGUGCCAAAGAAGCUGGACAUGGUGCGACUGAGUACCGAAAAUUCCUCGAUCUUUUAAAACGAAUGCUCCAAUAUGAUCCUGUCAAGCGCUGUAAACCCUUCGACGCGCUCCGCUCUCCUUUCUUUAACGUUCCAUCCAGUCACACGCCUACAACAACGUCCCAAUUCCAGCGCGUCCCGCACCACCCCGUAAACAUCGUCUCAACGACAGCACCAACAACUGUGGCGGCUCCACAACAACCGAUCAUGACCGAGCAAACCAUCCACCGAGUCGCUCCACCGCCGGUGACGAUGGUGGCUCACUCCGGCUACGAACAGCACUCUUCUCAACACAUCCUGCUCCGCCACGACGUUAGAUGCUCAACCUUUUCUUCCAAUUGGUGA